AUGGAGUUUGAUGAUCCUUUACCUCUCAUAGAGAGGGAUGACUCCCUAAUAGAGACGGAAACAGAGUCCGAUUCCAGUUUUUCAAGGAAUUGUGUUUUCUAUGGGUAUUUAAUAUUGUUUGCUUCGUGGAUCAUAUUUCUUAUUUCAAUGAAUAGUAUAUUCAGGAUAUGGCAAUACGUGAUAUUUCCUAUAUCAUUAAGCUCAGAGAGGGUCUACAGGAAGCUAUUUAGCUUAUUGGAAACAGUUGAUUAUUAUGUGUUGAGUGGUUGGAGUGUUUAUGUGGUAGUAUGGUGGUGGUCAGUGUUAUCAUGGUGUGGAUUGAAACUAUUUAGGCAUUCGAAGGGAAUCCUGGGCUAA